CUCAUCAGUGAGCAUGGCGACUUGAGAAGUAAAGUCUAAAGACUAAAGCCAAGGGUAAAGUGUGAACAACACAACAGCGACUCUGAGAUAAUUGAUUUUUUUGACAAGUCAGAUUCAGUGCCGCCAACCUAAUACGUAAUAGUAAUACCUUGCGCACACUUGACCAUUGUAAAUUCGUAUUACCGUAUUACAGCCUCGAAGUACGUGCCCAACACGCGCCCUCCAUUCAUUUUUUUUCAAUUGAAUUACUACUAUAUUAGGCUACUACCGGUACAAGUACAAGUAGAGUAUUUCCGAAGGAGCCGGGUCUCGGGGGUACUAGUAGGCGACGAGUAUUCUGUAACAGACUGGAGCACCUGUUGGCAAUGAGAACAAUAGCGACCAGAGAACGAACACCUGGUCUCGCCCGUCCGCUGUAGCGGCGAUAUAUCAGCGGUGCCGGAGAGAGGCAUACAGGCACACGUGGAAGAUUUACGGCAUCUCAAGACUGGUGUGUGUGUGUAUGAAGGUGGGGUGGACAAGUCUCUAAGAUCCUAAGGCUGCGUACAUUCAGUGGAAGGUUUGGUACUAGUAGAGUAGCAUGUCCAAUAUAUCUGCCACUCCUAGCAGCGAGGCGUAUCACAUAGAACAGUAUGUGAUCCCGGCGCCAAAUCAAACAUGGGAGCGUCGCCAGGCACAGCCGGCACCCCUGGAUCCCAGGGCUGUUCGCAUCAAGGUUAUGUAUGCUGGUUUGUGCCACAGUGAUCUGCACCUCUGGCAAGGGGGCUACGACAUUGGCAGGGGACAGACCUACAACUUUCAGGACCGACCAGGACACGAAUACCCCAUUGUACCCGGACAUGAGAUUGCGGGGCAGGUGUGUGAGCUGGGCUCUGCGGUCACGCCCGAAGAUGGGUUAGCGGUGGGCGAUCACGUGGCCGUGUACCCGUUCAUUGGCUGUGGUGAGUGCCCGCAGUGUCUGCACAAGCGAGACAACUUCUGCGAGAAGCCGCUACAGCGAGUGUUGGGCUUCCAGAGACCUGGCGGAUUCUCCACCCACACCACCGUGCCGGAUCCGCGAUUUGUGCUGAAAGUGCCGGUGGGUCUGGACCUGCGGACGGUGGCCGUUGCCACUUGCUCGGGUCUCACCGCCUUCUCCGCAGUGCAAGAGUCACGGAGCGCACUGGCACUCUCCUCCAGCGUUCGCGGCCGUGCCCGCCUGCUGGUCGUCGGCUGUGGUGGUCUGGGUCAGUGGGCCAUACGCCUGGCCACCACCAUCCUGCCCGUAGCAAAGCUCGAUGUGUACGCAGCAGACUGUCGUGAGGAGCAGUUGGAAACGGCCAGGACAUGUGGUGCUAUGGCAACCGUCCACUGGGCGCAAGGCCUGAGCACAGACGAGGUGAAAGAGAGAACACUAUUGGUGUGCGGCGAUCGCGUCGACGUCGUCAUAGACUUUGUUGGCUCCAGCCAGACGACAUCACACUCGCUGGGUGUUCUGCAGCAGGGCGGUACAUUGCUGGUGGUGGGGCUGUACGGCGGAGCACUGGAGCAUCCGCUACCACUGCUGCCGCUCCGAUGUCAUCGCAUCAUCGGCCUGCACGCCGGCAGUACAGCUGCCCUUGCCGAGCUCCUGGCACUCAUCCAUGAGAACAAUAUAAAGUCGCCUCCCAUCCAGUUGUUCAACUGGCAUCAGCUCAACUCAGCCGUCGUGAAGCUCUCGCAGGCAAAGAUACACGGACGCGCGGUGAUAGAAGUUCUUCCCUAGGCACCGCUGCCCCUGUUUGAGAUGCACUUGUACGCAUGCGUUUGGAGUCAUGAGCACCCCGCGGAUAUUGUUCCCGGUCUUCCACGGAACGGGGAUGUCACAAGCAUGUUGUUGGCCAUUAUUUUCUCCGGAUCAGCUGCAAUUGAGGUUGGUCAAAAUUCAAAAUUCUUCCUUUUAAUAAUAAUUCUAGCAAUGAUCAGCAUGGUAUUCAUGACCGUGGUGUUUUCAAUGGAAGAAGCUAGGUAUUUAUUUUGUACUUUCAACUGCUAAAUUUCUACUCAGGUAUUCUUACCACGUUAUGAGAUUGAACAAAUUUGAAUAGGUGAAUGUAUCCUGCGUCCCUACCACAAUUUAGGAUUUAUCGGGUGUUAGCGGCCGUCGUGAGUUCCCUUCGGGAACGGACACGAUAAUUUACUCUUUUUUUGCCACAAAUUUCUGGGGCACCAUAAUGUAGGAUAUACCGGAUUUUUCAAAAGAUUAUUCUGAAAGUUAGUAUCCAUUAUGACAUUGACAUCAACGCAGUUAUGCCAGCCCGGUUCUGAGUCGGAGCUCAAUGCCUGUAUGGCUCGACAACAGGCGAACCCCGUGCACUUAAUGCAGCUACCAGCACUCUCAAAAUUCAAGUGAAUUGACCUUCGGUUUGGGUCUAUGCAGAGAGGGUAUGCUGG